GGAAGUAGAGCCUUGUUUUCCUGGAAGGCGCAGGUUGAUUAGAUGCUGUCGAGGGAUCGGGGCCAACGGGCCUUUCAGUGUGUGAAGACUUCUUCCUUAGAGAUCCUUUGACAGCAGUGCUGAGCAUCCACAUUUUGGUUGAAUUCAGUGCGAAACUUGUUCUCGGUAUGUAAACAGAAUUCCUUAUCCAUUUGAAAUAAACAUUUCCAAGAAAUGAAAGACUUCUUUCACUAGGAUAUUCUGGUCUGGUUCCAUCUUCAGAGAAUCUAGUUUUUGACUAUGAAAAAGAUGAGUUACUGGAUCCUGAAGACCAUCCCUGGAUCUCGGGUUAAAAAUCUGUUCUAAUCUGAACCGUGGGAAGAAAGGGUCCUUGGUCGGCGGUAUUCCCACCUGAAGGACAUGAUGUUUUCCAAACUAGCACAUUUCCAGACCGUUGCCGUGCUGCGUCGAGGAGUUCACUCUUCAGUGGCUUCUGCUACAUCCGUUGCGACUAAAAAAACAGUCCAAGGCCCUCUAUCCUCUGAUUACGUUUUUGAAAGGGAAUCGAAAUAUGGCGCACACAACUACCAUCCCUUACCUGUAGCCCUGGAGAGAGGAAAAGGUAUCUACCUGUGGGAUGUAGAAGGCAGAAAAUAUUUUGACUUCUUGAGUGCUUACAGUGCUGUCAACCAAGGGCAUUGUCACCCAAAGAUUGUGAAUGCUCUGAAAAGUCAGGCAGACAAACUGACCUUGACAUCUAGGGCAUUCUAUAAUGAUGUACUUGGUGAAUAUGAAGAGUAUAUUACUAAACUUUUCAACUAUCACAAAGUUCUUCCUAUGAAUACAGGAGUGGAGGCUGGAGAGACUGCUUGCAAGCUUGCUCGUAGAUGGGGAUAUACCGUUAAGGGUAUUCCGAAAUACAAAGCAAAGAUCGUUUUUGCAGCUGGAAACUUUUGGGGUAGAACUAUGUCUGCUAUCUCCAGUUCCACAGACCCAAACAGUUACGAAGGUUUUGGACCAUUUAUGCCAGGUUUUGAAAUCAUUCCAUAUAAUGAUCUGCCCGCUCUUGAGCGUGUUCUCCAGGACCCGAACAUCGCCGCAUUCAUGGUGGAGCCCGUUCAGGGCGAAGCGGGCGUCAUUGUGCCAGACCCGGGCUACCUGACAGGCAUCCGUGAGCUCUGCACCCGGCACCAGGUUCUGUUUAUUGCUGAUGAAAUACAGACAGGAUUGGCCAGAACUGGUAAAUGGCUGGCCGUCGAUCAUGAAAAUGUCAGACCUGAUAUAGUCCUUCUUGGAAAGGCGCUUUCUGGUGGCUUAUACCCUGUGUCCGCAGUACUGUGUGAUGAUGAAAUAAUGCUGACCAUCAAACCAGGGGAGCAUGGGUCAACGUUUGGUGGCAACCCGCUGGGCUGCCGAGUGGCCAUGGCAGCCCUCGAGGUUUUGGAAGAAGAAAACCUUGUUGAAAAUGCAGAUAAAAUGGGUACCAUCUUGAGAAACGAACUCAUGAAGCUACCAUCUGAUAUCGUAACUGCUGUAAGAGGGAAAGGAUUAUUAAACGCUAUUGUUAUUAGAGAAACCAAAGAUUACGAUGCUUGGAAGGUGUGUCUGCGACUUCGAGAUAAUGGACUUCUGGCCAAGCCAACCCACGGCGACAUUAUCAGGUUUGCACCUCCGCUUGUGAUCAAGGAAGACGAGGUUCGGGAGUCCAUGGAAAUCAUUAACAAGACCAUCUUGUCUUUCUGAGGGUUGCGACUGUUUUCGGCGGUGCCUGUGAGUCAGCUGGAGACAGGCAGACAGUUCCUUGAAGUCCUGUAAAAAGCUUCUGCAUUUUUGUGUGUGAUGCAGGCACAUUCCACUCCCUGUGUCUUCAAGGACUUAUUUUUUAAUAUACAUAUUUUUCAGUUCAUACAUAAUAGAGUGACAUUUAUAAUCGUGCAGUAUGCCAUUUAACAUAACUGUAAGAGAAUGUAAUGACAUCUAUAUUCGAUUGUUUUUGUGUACUUGUGUACUUUCUGAAGUGAAAUGCAUCUAUUUGUCUGUCUGUAGGCAGCCUUACAAUCAAGCCCCAUAUAACUUAUAUAUGUUUUUAUAAUUUCUGGUGUAAAUGUUUUAUAUUUGAAAAAGUUAUAUGGGGUUUUACAUAAAAGACUUCUUUAACCUUAUGAAGCUGAAUUAUAAUCAUUGAAUUUUAGGAAGGUUAAGCUUAUAUAAAACACUAGAUUUAAAUAAACUUCAUAUUGGCCAACAUCAGAA